CUGCGCGGUGGGUGAAACAUUGUAAUCACUUCUUCUUGCUUCAUCAUGAGGUGCACGGCGUGGUGGUGUGCCCUGCUCGGCGUCUUGGUCUCCGUCGUCGUCGCUCUGCCAGCCCCCGGCCGCCGAGCGUUGGACGCCGCUGCGGCCCCGGCCACCGACCCAGCGGGCAUGGCCGCCAAGAAGGCCGACUUCCUCAACAAGCUGUUCGGCGGCCUGGGCCCCGUGGUGGCUAGCCCCGACCCCGUAGCGCCCCCCGCCUUCUGGUCCCCGCCGGCGGCCCCAGCCCCCCCGGCGGACGACUUUGCGACGCAGGCACAGAAACUGGCCCAAUUGGUCUCAGCAACCCUGAGCGAGCCGGUCGCCACGGAGGCCCCGGCGCCGGCUUUCCCCUUCUUGUUCGCCCCGAUCCCAACGACCCCCAAGCCUACGAUCGUUCCACCCGGCUUCUGGCUGCCGUCGAGUCCCAUAGCGGCCCCUGGUGAAUACGUGAACAAGGUAUCCGAGUUUUUGGAGAAACUUUUCGCCUCCAAGAUGCCGACCCCUGCAGCCCCGGCAGCGCGGAGUUUGGCAGCACGCCACCACGAGCACAACCCUUACGUAGAUCUGGAGAGCAGGGAGCGCUCAUUGCCGCCGCCCGCCGGCGGCGCCUUCAGCUCCAAAGACAUGGUGCUCAACUCGAUCUUGUCCGAGGUGGCCGAGCUAAAGGGCGCACUCAUGGACACCGUCACCGACAUGGUCGCCAAGCAGAAGUCGCUGCCCUUCAUUCCUCCCAAGAAAAUAAAAAUCCUACCGCCGUGGGUGCCAACCCCUCCGCCCACGCCUGACCCCCUCGAGCCGUAUCAGAAGCGCCUCGAGACCCUGGGACAGGUCUUUGACAUGCUGACCGGACUCGGACAGGACGUGACUGCGCCGAAGAACAGCACCUCUCCGCCCGCCGCAGGCACCACCACCACGCGGACCGUCAGGAGCAUCCCGGUGAGAAGUGUGCAAAUGGCCGUACACCAGGGACACCAGAGCAUGCCUCCAGGCACUGAAGAGCUCAUUUCCGUGGGAGCUGGAAGAGACCCAAACUCUGCCCACGAAGGUGGCGGCCUCAAUUUGAAGAUUAAGGUGCCUCAUUAAGGAUGAUUGCAGUCUGCAGCGAUGCAGUAUGGUAAUGUACAGCUGUAGGAAUAAAGCAGCAUUGGAAAUUAA